AUGUAUUUCCUUUCAAGUCUCCUGACCUACCUCCUAUUUUCAUCCAUACCCUCCUUCGUCAACCCCUUCGCAAUAAGACAAGACACCAACAACGAUGGGGACAAUACAGCCCGCACCCUAAUAGGCGAUCUUAAAACCGGCAUCACAACCCCAGUCGGCCAAUCCAUAGCCAACAUCCUCCUCGGCACCGAAGCCGCCCAAUACCACCCCAACUCCACUACCACUUCCCCCGCACCCGCGCCUGGCACUUGCACCAAGUCCACAAACCCCUGCUGCAUCUGGUACGAAAUCUCUCACUCCCUCACGCGCGAUUUCACCGGCCCAACAGGCCGGUGCAACGACAUGGCGCGCGCGGCCAUCCGCCUCGGUUUCCACGACGCUGGUACCUGGAGCCAGGCGCUCGCGGCUCAAGGCCAGGAUUUCGGCGGCGCGGACGGCAGUUUUGUACUCUUUGGCGAAAUUGAACGGCCCGAGAAUAGGGGCCUGGAAAACGUAACGGCGUUUGCGAAAUUGUAUCAUAUGAGAUUCCCGGUGGUGGGCAUAGCGGAUCUGGUGCAGUAUAUGGCUGUUCACGCUGUUGUGACAUGUCCGUUGGGGCCGAGAAUCAGGGCGUUUGUGGGGAGAAAGGACGCAACGCGCGCCUCGCCCUCUAACCUCCUUCCCGACGUCUCCAGCCCCUCUUCCACCCUCCUCGCGCUCUUUGCCGACAAAACCAUCACGCCCCACGACCUAACCGCCCUCCUCGGCGCACACUCCACAUCCCGCCAAUUCAAAACCUCCACCGCGCCAGCAUCCAACAUCGGACUUCCCCAAGACACCACGCCAGGCGUCUGGGACGUGCGUUUCUACAACGAGACGAUACAGCCAGCUCCUGCUAAAGGGGUGUUUCGCUUUGAUAGCGAUGUGGUGAUUUCGAGGGAUAGUAGGUGUAAUGAUGAGUGGAAUGCUUUUGUAGGCAAUCAGAGCCAUUGGAAUGAGGAUUAUGCGGCGGCGUAUGUGAGGCUGAGUCUCUUGGGCGUGAAUAAUAUUAAUCAAUUGACGGAGUGCUCUGCUACGUUGCCCCGUGCUAGGACGGUGUUUCAAGGGAAUGAGGCGCCUGGAAUCUUCGAGCGUGGAAGUCGUUAUCAUUAA